UAUAUCCUAUAUGAUCAUUUGGUUUGAUCAUUCAUUAAUUCUGGAUGCAAAAUGAAAACACUCCAUCUCCCAUGGUUCUGCAUAUUUCUUGCUGCAACAAAAUCACAGUCGCUUACAACAGAUCAGAAAUCUGAAAAUUCACUGGCAGUGGUUUGUGCCAACCAGUCAUCGGACCACGAAAUGAACAAUUUGAGACAACAAUUGAAUCAAGAGACUAUAAUAAGGUUAUCACUCACGAGACAAGUGUAUUCUUUGGUGGAUGAUAUGAUAACAAUGAAAAAACACAUGGCGAAAAUGGAAGCUAGAGUACAGGAAGUGGAAAAGAAAGAGCAUGUUCUUCAACUUGAGAAUCAAAGAUUGCAAAGGCAACUAGAUAAGUAUCUGAGGAUGAACAAUUCAAUUGGUGAAAAUUCCGCACAAAUCAGAAAAAUAAAGAAUGAUCUCUUCAAUUUCACUUCAAUCAUGGACGCCGUUUCCAAUGGAACGUAUAAGGACAAAAGAGUCGUUGUAUUCAAUGCAGCCGUCAGCAACACUUUAAAUCUGCAACGCAACACUCCAGUCAAUGUUGUGUAUGACACAGUUUUAUAUCAAACUGGCGACGUAUAUAAUCCACGGAAUGGUUUCUUCACGGCGCCCUCUGGUGGUCUCUAUGUCUUUUCGUGGACAACUUUAGUUGCAGCUCAUAAGAUAUUUGAUGCAGAACUUUUAGUUAACGGACAAAGAAAGGGUUUAGGUAACUGUAACAAUGAAGCCAAUCCUGGAUACGAAAACUGUGCAUGUACCAUUCCUGUUGUUCUAAAAUUUGGAGACGAAGUCAAUAUACGUACAACUACUGCAAAUUAUAUCCACGGAAAUCAUUGGUCAAGCUUCAAAGGUUGGAAAGUUUGGUAAUACCAACGCAUUUUAAUUUCAUCAAUUAUGCAUUUAAACUUAUUUUGCAUUGGAUAUAUAAUAUUUUACUGACUGAAAAUUGCAAGUGAAAAUGUUCUUUGAUCAGAAAAAUGUUAGUCAUUGUCUGGCCUUAAGGUGUACAAUAAAUAUUUUUCAAAUGUU